AUGGAUUUAAGCACAAUGUUUGCGGUUAUGAUGGAAAAGAUGGAAGGAAUGCAAAUGAAACUUCAAGAAACUAAUAAAAUAAACAACGAGAACCUGGAAGCGAAAUUGAACGAAAAUUCUAGAACCAUCUUAGAAACUACUCGAGUCAAAAAUGACAAACCUCUUGCCAACAACGAGAAACUUCGUGCUGAAGUUAAAGCUGAAGUCAAAGAAACUAUCAAACACUUAGCUGAAAUGGAAGCGAAACUUCAAGAAUCCUCUCGAGCUACAGAUGAGAAAAUUCAGGAAAUGUAUAUCAUUGACCAAAAGGUGUCAGAUUUAGAAAAUGGUGUUAAUCAAAAACUGCAUGACCUAGAAACAAAGGUUAAUAAUCUUCAAUGCCAAGAUGGACCGGUGCGAUUUAUUUUAGAAACAUCGUUUGAUACGGUUGCCAUUAGAAACAUGUGGAAAGACGAAGAAAAUACUAUCGAGUUGAUUUUGGCCUUAAAAGGAAAUGCAGCGAGUAGCAAAGGGCUUCAAAUUGUUAUUAAGGGUAUUGACUCUUGUGUAGAUCCUGAAGAUAUAAAGGCUGCUUUGGAACAUAACAAGUUUAAAAUAAAAAAUGUAGUCAACAUUAGAAAUCACGAGAAAAUUCCCCAACCAAUGUUUAGAGUUGAACUAGAACCAGGUGAUGUUAAUCUCAAGAAAAAUGAAACACACCCAAUUAACAAUUUAAAAUAUUUAUUGCAUCGUAAAAUUACGAUUGAAGAGCCACAUAAGAGAUCGGGACACGUCCAGUGUUUAAACUGUCAAGAAUAUGGUCAUACUAGGGCACAUUGCAAACUACCCCCUGUUUGCGUGGUGUGUGGAGAAUUGCACGGUUCUAAGCAGUGCGAUAAAUCCAAAAACUACUCAAAAGUAAAUUACAGAGGAUGCCCAGUAUAUUCUAUAGUAAAAAGAACACUAACACAGAAACCUAGUAUUUAUCCUGUGCAAUCAAAGAACCUAAUUGAUACUCAUCACCCCCAAAUCUCGCAAACCAUGAAUAAUAAAGGUUCAUACGCUAGUGUUCUAAGAACGAAUCCCACUGUACGCGCAAAUUAA